AGAUGACGAUCAAAUAAAAUCCAUGAUGAUACCGACCCAAAUUGAACGGGAACCACAUAUUCAGAUUCUGUUUCACCAGAAGCCAAACUAAUGGACUUCGAUCCCCUUCUCCAACUAAAAAAAAAUCCAGGGAUAUUAUUACUUAUGCACAAGGCCACAUUUCUCUCUCUCUUCAUCUGCUCAGUGCUCCAGGGAUAUCUAUCUGUGUAUUGAUGAUGGCCAUUGCGGCUUCUACAUUGCCACAUUCGUAUUCAGCUGCUUUUCCAUAUUCAUUCACCCACUCUAAAAAUCCCAAUUUCCAACCCCCAACAGUGUUGGGGAUUUGCUCUAAAGGCCCAAGAUCUUAUUGCCCAUUAUUCAGGCCUAUAAUCAUUAAAAACGCAGCAACAAAGCCAGCAAAAUCUCCAGCUGAAGAAGACUGGAAGGUCAAGCGUGAAUACCUUCUCAAGAAAAGGGUCCGAAGUGUGGAUGUGAAGGAAGCGUUGCGCCUUCAACAAGAAAACGGCUUUGUGAUUCUAGAUGUGCGUCCUUCUGCAGAAUUCAAAGAGGCUCACCCACCAGGGGCUAUCAAUGUGCAAAUUUAUAGACUAAUAAAAGAGUGGACGGCAUGGGAUAUUGCUAGGCGUGCUGCGUUUGCAUUCUUUGGGAUAUUCUCUGGUACAGAAGAAAAUCCUGAUUUUAUUCAAGAUGUGGAGUCGAAAUUGGAUAAAAGUGCAAAAAUUAUAGUGGCAUGUCAAUUUGGUGGAACCAUGAGGCCUUCUCAAAAUCUUCCAGAAGGCCAACAAUCAAGGUCUCUCAUAGCUGCUUACUUGUUGGUCCUGAAUGGAUAUGCCAAUGUAUUUCACCUUGAUGGUGGACUCUAUACAUGGUUUAAGGAGGCCCUACCCGUGGCCAGUGAAGAAUAAAAUUCUUUUUAUUUCCUUAUAAAAUUUUGCCACUUUUUGAGUGUAGAUUGUGUCCUAACCUUCACCAACCUACUGUACAGUAACUUUUUCAUGAGUUGUGGACCAAAAAACUGCAGAUUUUUUUAUAUUAGAUGACGGCUAUUUCUGUAACGCAA